AUGAGUAGCUUCAUUGAAAUUCUUUUAGCGAUCAUGUUACCUCCUGUUGGUGUAUUCCUCAGAUUUGGCUGUGGGAUGGAGUUUUGGCUCUCUUUGCUUCUAACGUUCUUGGGUUUUAUCCCUGGACUGGUCUAUGCUAUCUUCGUUCUCACCAAGUAGGAAACAAAA